GGCCGACAUAGACCUGGUUCGUAAGUAGGUCAUCCCCCCCGCCAUCGGUCGCGCAACCUCCUUCUCCCCCUCCCUUCCUCCCGCCCUCCUCCCUCUCCACCGGUAUCUUCGACCGCGGCAAUAUACCAGCGGCAAUCCCGUCCGCCUCGCUCUCCGCCGCGACCGCGUGCUACUCGACUCUCCCCCCUCCCCCUCCCGCGUCCGCGCGGACCUCUCAGGCGGCACCUCCACUCCGCGUCGGGUACCUGGCCGCGCGCGGUGGCAUGCGCUGCUGAAUCACUUUCACUUAUGCCGUGCGCUGUGUUGGUUAUACUCUGUGCGCGCGAUCUCUCUCUCUCUCUCUCCCUCCCUCUGUCUCUCUCUUUCUCUUUCUUGCUCGCUCGCUCUCUUUCCCCUCGGUCCCCCGUCCAUCUUUCUCUCUCUCUCUCUCUCUCGCGCCUCUCGAUGCCCGUCGGUAAAGGGACACGCGCGCCUUCUCUCUAUACCCACCGAAACGCCGAAGGAGCCUGACAGUAGUGCGCGCCUCGGCACCGUUCUCUUCGUGCACGGUUUCGCCCAAUUUCCCAGUCGUCGGCGUCGUCGUGGCACCGUCGCGAAACGUCGCUCGCUCGUCCGUCCGUCUCUUUUUCUCGGGGAGACGCAGCAACGCGCGCGACCGCGUCGGGCCUCGAGACGGGAGUGCGAAGGAAGGAGCAUCGCCAGCAUCGUCGAGACACCCUGGGACGCGAGCGUGGAUCGUCAUCGUCGUCGGUGCUCGCCGUGAUACGUCACGUAUACCGUGUCCCGUAAAGGCGGCCUCCCCGGCGGUCUCUACCUACCUACCUAUCUACCUACCUACCUACCUACCUACCUACCUACCUACCUACCUACCUACCUACCUAUCUACCUAUCUACCUACCUACCUACCUACCUACCUACCUACCUACCUACCUACCUACUCCAUGUACCGACGAUAGGGUGACGGAGGAGGGGAGAGCGGGCCCUUCGGGAAGGCAACGAGCCGAGAAGACGACUAGUCGUCCGCAGACACGCCAACUGUCAAGUCGUGCGGUCUCGGGCUCCGAUUUGUUGUCGUCAUCGUCGUGUGCGCGCAUCCGUCUCGCUCGUUUACUAUUCGUCGCCUCGCUCGUUUGUGUUGUGCCGGUACAAUAGUUGCUCCAAGUGUACCCUCGGGGCACUUGUGGCGCGCCUUUGUACGCGAUCGCGUCGAAACGUCACAUUGUUGACACCCGUCGAUGUGUGUAGAUUGUCGCCUUGUCGCGUGUGUCCGUCUGUCAGUUUCGCGGUAUUACUGUCAAACGCGAGCUCAUCUGCAAUAAGGUCUUGGAUUACAGUGUGAACGGGAGGAGACGGUACCUUUUGGUGCUUCGGUUGCGAAAGUGUCCGAAUGUUUUUCGCGCGCGAUCAUCGACACUCGUAUCGCUAUCAUGUUUCGGACGUAGCCCCAAGUCUCGACGAGAUUCGUAUACGUUUGGUGGUGUACGAUGAUUUUUCUCGAUAAAUUUGUGUGAGCGAGAGAGAGAGAGAGAGAGAGAGAGAGAGAGAGAGAGAGAGAGAGAGAGAGAGAGAGAAAAAGAGGGUGACUCUAGUGAAUCGAGUAUUUUUCGUGCCGCGAGAACCUCGAGUGCGUGUCCUUCCUCCUCGUCUCGAUUGUGCCCAUUUGUUGUCAUCGACGUCGUCCUCGUCGUCGUCAUCAGCGUCAUUGAUGGCGACGUUAACGGGUGCGCCAGGUCGCGUCUCGAGAACGUUAAUCGACUGACGCUGUCAUCCCCAUCCCUCUCGCCAGAAAUCACCUUGUUGGCGAAACCAAGGGGAACAAAGAUACCCCGAUGUAAUUCGUGACUCGCGCGCGAUCCACAGCUCGGUCGAGUGAAAAACCCAAAUCCGAUAGAUCGAAGGGACUCGCAUCCGGGUGACGAGGGGAAGCCUCGAUUCAUAUAUGCGCCGAUCGUACACGUGCACGUCCGUCCGACGUGCUCCUCUCGCGCAAGGGUGAUAUGUUAUUGGAGAUGGAGCACUCGAGCCUGAUAUCCCUGAACAUGUCGCCGUUCCACCUGAGCCCGCAGGGCAGUCCUCAGGCUGGCGGGCAGCAGCAGCCCCCGCAGCAACAGCCCCAGCCGCAUUACGGCUCGUCGCCCUACGGCAAUUGCGCGCAGAGCUCGCCGUCGCCCAUGUGCCACCAGCAGCAGCAGCCGCAGACCCAGGCGCAGCAGCAACAAAUGUCGGCACAUGGCCAGGCCGCGGCGCAAUCGCAGGGCGGCGGCAUGUCCGGCUUCGAGUCGAGUUUCUACGAGAUCCCCGAGGACAAUCGGUGCCCCAUGUGCGGCCACAAGAACGUGUCCACCUAUCAGUUCGGCCUGUAUACGUGCGAUAACUGUAAGGGUUACUUCAAGCGCAACAGCUCGCCGUGCAACAACAAAAAGAUGUACACGUGUCACUUCUCUCCCACGGGGGGCGGCGGCGGCGGGGGCGGGGGCGGGGGUGGAAACGGUAGCGGGAACGGGGCGUCCUCGUCGUUCGAGAUUUGCGCCAACAAGAAGGUGUACACAUGUCUGUUCCCGCCAACAGGAGCCGGAAGCGGCAACGGCGGCGCAUCCUCCGGUCUCGAGGGCAACGGCGGAGGUGGAGGUUACACCGGUAACAGCGGCAACGGCAGCGGGGCGGCCACUGCCGCCGGCGACGCUGGUCCAGGCGCGGCGAACGUCGCGAUCGGCGGAGGAGGCGGCGGCGGGGGAGGCGGAGGCGGCGGCGGGCCUGGCGUCGCCGCCGCGGGAAGCGGCAACGUCGCUGCCGGCGCGAUUCCUACCGGCGGUACCCUCUGCCAUCCCGGACUGGGCCAGGUCGGCGUCGUGACGGGCUCGAUACCCUGCCCGUCCGACUUCCCCGACACCAAGGACAUCAUCAUCGAGGAGCUCUGCCCGGUCUGCGGGGACAAGGUGUCCGGCUAUCACUACGGUUUACUCACGUGCGAGUCCUGCAAGGGCUUCUUCAAGCGCACCGUCCAGAACAAGAAGGUGUACACCUGCGUCGCCGAGAGGUCCUGCCACAUCGACAAGACGCAGCGGAAACGAUGUCCCUUCUGCCGUUUCCAGAAGUGCCUCGAGGUUGGCAUGAAGCUCGAGGCUGUGCGGGCGGACAGGAUGCGGGGAGGUAGGAAUAAAUUCGGGCCCAUGUACAAGAGAGAUCGGGCGCGCAAGUUGCAGCUGAUACGUCAACGACAAAUGGCCAUUCAGACGAUACGCGGCAGUCUUGGCGACCCGUCCAGCUACCCGCCCGCGGUUACGCCAUUGCUGCACAUCAAGCAGGAGAUCCAAAUACCUCAGGUCUCGAGUCUGACCUCGUCGCCGGACUCGAGCCCAUCCCCCGCGACCGUGGCCGCCGGCCUGGUCACGACGCAGGCCGGCGGCGCCGGCCAGCAUCAGCUGAUCGCGCCGUCAACCCAGCCGAACAUCGGCACCAGCGGCAGCGGGGGCGGCGGGGGAGGCGGGGGAGGUGGCGGGGGCGGGGGCGGCGGGAACGGCGGCAAUCACCUGCACAAUCUCAAUCCCGGGCUCGACAGCAAGCUCUGGACCGCCAACUCCACCACCUCCGGGACGAAGGUCUUCAACUUUGGUGAACAGUCGGCGCAGCCCCACGGCGGCGGGGUGGCGGGUUACGCGCCUAAUCCUGCCACCGCUCUGAAAACGGUUAAUCCGAUGAUAAGGGACUUCCUGUCAUCGAUCGACGACCGCGAGUGGCAGACGUCUCUCUUCGGACUCUUACAAAGCCAAACGUACAAUCAGUGUGAAGUGGACUUGUUCGAAUUAAUGUGCAAAGUGCUCGAUCAGAAUCUGUUCUCGCAAGUGGAUUGGGCUAGAAAUUCGACGUUCUUCAAGGAUCUCAAGGUUGACGAUCAAAUGAAGCUACUGCAACACUCUUGGUCGGAUAUGUUGGUGCUAGAUCACCUUCAUCAAAGGUUACACAACAAUCUACCUGACGAAAUGACACUUCAUAAUGGCCAAAAGUUUGAUCUCCUUUGCCUCGGCCUACUCGGAGUUCCUACCUUGGCUGAUCUCUUCAAAGAUCUAUCCAAGAAACUUCAGGAACUAAAAUUCGACACCUCCGAUUAUAUAUGUAUGAAAUUUCUAAUGCUGCUGAAUCAUGAUGUCCGUGGACUAGUAAAUAAAAAACAUGUGCAAGAGGGUCACGAGCAGGUUCAACAGACGCUUAUGGAGUACACGGUAGCUUGUUACCCAUCUCUACCGGAUAAGUUUAACAAGCUGCUAGCAGUAUUACCGGACAUUCAUGAAGUGGCAACCAGGGGAGAAGAGCAUCUUUAUCAGAAACAUUGCAACGGAAGUGCACCGACGCAAACGCUUCUCAUGGAGAUGCUUCACGCCAAGAGGAAAUGAAACGAUCGGUUUCUCUUGUUUUAGAGAUGUAUCCGUGAAGAAUUACCCCUGUUGGCGGGUACAAGAGCAGGGAAACAGUAAGCAAGAUGCCUUGAAAACAGUACAAAGGGUGGUUAAACAAAAAAAAAUAUUGGUCAAAGGGCAGGCAACUUUUGUCUAAAUAAGUAAAGCUAUUUUUCUAAUACUUAGAAGCGAAUUUAUUUUUAAGCAUACCACACACCACUGAAGCCUUGCUCUCACUCAAACGAAAUAUAUAUCGUACUACCGCUAAAGAGAAUCCAAGUCUCUCUUUCUCCAGAUCAAUCGUGCUUCUGCAAGGGAUUCAAUGGGCAUAUUUGAAUGACAAUGAAACUUGUAUGUGAUAUACAUAUGUGUUUAUCGCACGGCCACCUGGGCAUCCUUAGAAUUUCCUAUUAAAAAAAA